AUGUCUGGAAAGCGCUCUCGCGCUCUCACAGAUGGGCUUGAUCCCAACGGCUCAGGCAGUAACAGUCGCAACAAGCGACCCCGUCAAUCUGAAUCCGAGGGCAGCGAUCAGUCUUCGGACGACGAGCGUUCCAAUGCAGCCAGCGGCAGCGAUUCCUCCGAUGACGAAGGCGAACACAUGCGCGAACGAGAAAUACGGGCGACACAACAGGUGCAGAAAGAGCAUCGGGCAACUGCAGACAGGGAAAACGUCGCGACGGAUUCUGGGAUUAUCGAAGAAAUCCAGUGCAUCAACUUCAUGUGCCAUGAACAUUUGACAGUAACCCUGGGGCCUCUGAUCAACUUCAUCAUCGGACAUAACGGCAGCGGAAAGAGCGCCGUGCUCACUGCCCUCACAAUCUGUCUGGGCGGAAAGGCUACCGCCACAAAUCGUGCCCAAAAUCUCAAAAGCCUUAUCAAGGAGGGCAAAGAUCAUGCCUCCGUGACUGUCAAGAUCAAGAACCAAGGGCCACUCGCUUACAAGCCCGCGCAGUACGGCGACUCGAUCAUCGUGGAACGACACUUCAGCAGAUCCGGAACUUCAGGCUUCAAGCUCAAGAACGUGAACAACAAACUCGUCACCAACAAGAAAGCGGAGCUCGAAGACAUCCUAGACGCCUUCUCCAUGCAAAUUGACAACCCGAUGAACGUCCUGACACAGGACAUGGCAAGACAGUUUCUGAACCACUCCACGCCAAAAGACAAGUACAAGUUCUUUCUCCAGGGCACGCAGCUGGAGAACUUGAACAGAGACUAUCAGCAGAUCGAACAAUCUUUGGAAGUCAUGAACACGAAAGCCGAGGUCAAAGAAGCCGACCUCGCGACUCUAAGGCGCGAGAUGGAAGCACUGGAGAAGAAAGCCAGAAAAGCGGCAAGCUUACAGACGAUGCGAGAUAAGGAAACGGAAUUUGCUCGACAAGCAGCAUGGGCCACGGUUCGUGAACACGAAGAUGAUGUUGCGCACAAUGAGAACGGACUCGCAGACACCGAGAGAAUCAUACAAACCUUACAACAACGUGUAGAAGAUACAGGAAAGGCCUACGAGCUGGCGGAUCAGGCCCACGAAGCCGCCAAACAAAACGUCACCGAUCUCACGACUGAGAUGGAGCCAGCAGAGCAAAAGGCACUUGAUGCUAAAGCAAAGUUCCAGGAAGUCAAGGGAAGACUCGUGGUGCUACUAGCUGAUGAACGGAUUGCACAAGGUGAAGUGAAGGAAAGGGAAAAGAAUGUGCACAAGUUGGAAGCAGAGAUUGCGCAGUACCGACAACGACAGGCUGAAGCAGACAACGGCCGCCACGCAGAAAAGAUUCGAGAACGUGAUGACGCCAAGGUCAAGUACGAGACUGCCAGGUUAGCAUUCGAGGGCCAUGAUACUGGGCUUGCAGCGCUACAAGACCAACUGGCGACAGCUCAAAAGGAGCAGAACGAAGCAGAUCGAAAAGUAGAGGACGCUCAAAAAGAAGUUUCACGUAUACGGGAAUCCAUCGCAAGAAUGCAAUCAGGUCGGAGUAAUUGGGACGAUGGGUAUCAAAAUCGCCAAAGGCUGAGCGAGCUACUCCGCGCGAUCGAGUCCGAGCACAGAUUCCGGGAGAGACCAGUUGGACCCAUGGGCCGUCAUGUGAAGCUGCGCUUGCAGGAUUGGGGUGGAAUUCUUGAAAAGCAAUUUGGUCAAACGCUGAACGCCUUCGUCGUCACUAGCAAGCCAGACCAGAAUAUACUAUCAGCCCUUAUGAAAAGGGUUGGCUGGUGCGCGCCAUCUUUCUGCUUAAUCAACAACGCUAACGAUGUCAGGUCUGCCCCGAUAUACAUUGGCAAGAGGACGCCUAUAAACACCGAUGGCAAUGAGCCCGCAGAAAAUCUUACCACAUGGAUGAAGGCACUUACGUUUGACGAUGAUCUUGUUCGAAAUCAGCUCAUCAUCAACCAGUCAAUCGAGCAAACCGUGCUCAUUGAGAACAUGGACGAAGGCGCUCAGUUUAUGUUCAACCGCGGGCCGCCUACUACGAACGUCAAGAUGUGUUUUACCUUUGCGGAUGGCGACACAACCAAAGGUCGUGUCUUCGUCUACAACAGUGGCGGGGGUAUCAACAACAGUCCGAUCGCACCGUAUACCGGAGCUCUGCGUAUGCAGGUGGACAAAGAUACUCGAAUCCAACUAGAAGAGAAGAAUCUGGCCCAGGCCAAGGGACAACUUGAGACCUUGCAGCAGCAGUCCAGGGAGCGGCAUGAUGAGGUCAACAAAUGCAAGGCUCAGUUACAGGACCACGAACGCCAGAAGAAACAUCUGAGACUUGCUUCCCAAACUGCUUCCAAGGAAUUGGAAAGACUUGAGUUCGAACUGGAGAAAGCAACUCCCGACGAAGCAGCUAUCCAAGUGCGGGAGUCAGAGCUUGCGGAAGCUCAAGAAGAGUUGAAGAACGUCAUGAAUGUCUACGAAGAUGCGGUGACGCAAAGGAUCGGACUCAACGACGAGAAUAGGGCGAACAAGCAGGAGAUGGAAGCUGCACAGAAGCUUGUUGCUGAUCUCCGGUCCCGGCUCGACAAGGCGCACGUGACGGUUCGAACUCUUCAGGGCACACGACAAGAAGAGCUCCAGAAAAAGAACGAAGCCAUCGAGCAGGUUGCCGAAGCUGAAAAAGUAAAGAAGAACUGGCAAGAAGAGCUCUUGGAGUCGCAACAAAGCCUCGCCGAAGUAACUGAGGGUGCGACGAGCAUAUGUGAGCGUGUGUUCGUCCCCCCUAAUUCAACUUCCGAUGACCUACAGCGGAGAAUGGUUCAAAUGGCGAAAACCAGGGAAGAGGCUGAACGGGAGCUCGGUGGAUCACAGCUGGACCUUACGCGGGCGGCAACUGAAGCGAAGCAGAAGCACCACGAUGCAAUGAAGGAGUUUGAAGACAUCAGAAGUCUACGCAACCAACUCAUCACUACGCUUGACAACCGACGCAACCGGUGGAAGCAAUUCAGAUCUGGCAUCUCUGUUCGGGCGCGAGUCACGUUCAACUAUCUGUUGAGCGAGCGCAAGUUCAGAGGUACACUGAGCAUCGACCACAAGAAGGCUCUUCUUGACAUUCAUGUUCAACCGGAUAUCAUGGAGCGAAGCGGAGACGGCAGACAGACAAAGACCCUCUCGGGAGGUGAGAAGUCGUACUCUACCGUGUGUCUUCUCCUCUCCCUGUGGGAUGCAAUGGGCUCGCCUAUCCGCUGUCUCGACGAAUUCGACGUCUUCAUGGACAGCGUCAACCGCGAAAGGAGUAUGCAUAUGAUCAUCCAGGCUGCUCGACGUUCGAUUGGACGACAGUUCAUCUUCAUCACUCCACAGUCGAUGAGUAACGUCACGCAAACGUCCGAUGUCAAGAUCAUCAAGAUGACGGACCCAGAGCGCGGACAGACAGCAUUGAAUGUGCAGCGGACUUGA